GCCUCCGGGUCCUUCUGAUAAUCCGCGCUCCAGAAGCUCAUGAGCAGGGAGGCAAGUGUCAGGCUGAUGUGCCUGAGCGGGGCGAGGGCCGGCGGGGCCACGUGAAGAGGCUGCGGUCCCGGGGAGCCUUUUCCGCCCAAACCUGAGCCCUGGGGGAGAGGGGAGAGGCUGGGGCGCUGCGAUGAGGCGCAGAAAGAUCGCGGUGGCCGCCGGCUGCUGCCUCUCCUUCUUCCUGGGCACUUUGCUCAACGUGUUCUUCAUCCCGGGCUUUGAUCCUCACCACCAGCAGCAGCCGCGGCGCGGGGUCACCCCGGCUUUUGCGGGCUCACCUUUGUACUGGCCGGGGGAGGACCGCGAGAGCCAGCGCUUGGAGUUAGCCCGGCAGAUCAGGGAGCGCUACGAGGAGCUGGUCCGCUACCAGAAGCACCAGGCGCCCGCGGCUGCUGCCCGGCGGCUGGUGAGACCGCUGGAGCGCCGGCUGAUGGACCUUGCCCAGCAGCGGACCUCCUCGGAGCAGACCCUUCGGCUGGAGAAGGGGAAAGCGCCGCAGGCUGACAGCCGCGCGGGCUCCUAUCCCGAAGCCAAAGUAGACCUGGCUCUGAACCCCCCUCUGCUGGGGUGUCGAGACAUCCACAAUGUCACCAGCCUGCACUACUUGGGCUCCGGCUACACCAAAGCUGUCUACAAGGUCGUCCUGAACCGCACGCUGGCCGUGGCGCUGAAAUCGGUGGAUUUUGGGGGGCACGACAUCGAGAACUGCGUGAAGCAAUACGCGGCGUUAGAAGCUUGCUACCGGCUCGCCUCCUACAAAAUCGUCAAGGAGAUGAUCCUCCUGCAAAGGCUGCAGCACGCCAACAUCCUCCAGCUCUAUGGCUACUGUUAUCAGGAUAGCAAUGACAUCCCAGACACGCUGACUGCCAUCACUGAGCUAGGCUCACCACUGGAGAUGAUUCAGCUUUUACAGACCUCUUGGGAGGACAGAUUUCGAAUAUGUCUCAGCUUAGUUCGGCUUUUGCAUUAUUUGGCUCACUCUCCGCUUGGCUCCGUGACGCUGUUGGAUUUUCGCCCUCGACAGUUUGUGAUUGUAGAUGGAGAGCUGAAAGUGACAGAUUUGGAUGAUGCCAGCAUAGAAGAAAGCUCUUGUACCAGUAACCGUGACUGUUUUAUAGAGUUUCCAGCAAGAAAUUUCACUCUUCCCUGCUCUGUGGAGGGCCGAUGUCAAAAUAUGAAUGAAAAGAGGAAUCUUUAUAAUGCAUACAGGUUUUUUUUUACAUAUCUUCUGCCACACAGUGCUCCAUCCUCCUUAAGACCAUUAUUGGAUAUGAUAGUCAAUGCUACAGGAGAACUCCACUGGGGAAUAGAUGAAACAGUGGCACAGCUAGAAAAAGUUUUGCAUUUAUACAAGAGUGGCACAUACCUACAGAACACUACACGGAUGCCGAAAGCUGAGUACCAACAGAUACCUGAAGCUGCUAUCCCCAAUGAGAACUACAGGUGCUGGCCUUCCUACCAUCACAAGGGCUGCCUCCUCUCUGUGUUCGAUGUCGGCGAAGCCAUCGAGGUCUGUGAGAAUCACUCCCAGUGCAAAGCUUUUGUCCUGACCAACCAGACAACGUGGACAGGUCGGCAGCUUGUCUUCUUCAAGAUGGGCUCAAAUCAUAUCGUGCCUGAUCCUGACAAGAUAACAUAUGUGAAAGUGACAGGCUGACAGCUUAAGUGGCUUAGUCUGACUUGUAAAUGACAGGAGCUGUUUGUGUAUAAAUAUAGACAGCUGUUAUGUACAAGAUGUCUGCGGGAGGGAGAGAUAAUUGCACUAUUACUCAUUCUAAUCUAGAGUGCUAAGCAAAACUUUAAAGAACUGACCUGCAUGACCAGGAUGAAUGUGCAAUACAACAUUUUCAAAAUGUGAUUUUAAAAACAAAACAAAAAAUACAAAAUGUGAUACACUGUUGGAAUAUAAGUUGGGUUUUAAAGCAGUAGGUAACUCUAGCCUUUCUAACCAAGGUUAAUAGUCUGUACAUAUUUGCACAGAGUUGGAAGUUCAUAAUUUCCAUAGGAAGUCUGGGUCCUCUGCCAUAAUAUUUAUUUAGACAAGUACAAUCACUACAGAGUUAAUGAAGCUUAUCAGUUACAAAGCUAAAUAUCAAAUGUCAUAGAAGACAAUCAACAUUUGUGUCAAUGUUAUCAGAUAUGCAAGACUAAAAACAUUUGUAGAAAUACUAUGGGCCUGUCAUCAAUGGAACUCAGCCAUAUUUAUAAUUUCAAAAAUGUAGCCAAUUUUCAUUUUGUUUGAAAAG